AUGUUUUCAACUCAUGAGGUUAUACCCAUGUCCAAAUGUGCAAAAGAUGGCUACAGAAGAUGCCCAGUUCAUGGAGAACAGUACAUAAUGUUUUCUAAUUCACAGAGGUCAAUGCUAUGUGUGAAUUGUUUUAGAGAUACUCCAGCAGAAGCUAGGCUUCAUUGUGUUGACAUUGACACAGCUUAUUCACAAGCCUGUAAAAACCUAGAAAGGUCUUUGAUGAGUGUUCGAGAGAUUCAGGGGCUUGUUAGAAGUGGAGUGGUAUCUUGUCGAACUCUUUUAGAAGAACUCCAUCAUAAUACUAAUACUGAAAAAUCUACAAUACAUUCAUUUUGUCAAGGAAUGCAAGAUGUCAUUACAAAAACUCAGGGAGCUAUGCUUCUUGAGGUUCAGAGGCAAUAUGAAAGCAAAGAAAGAGUUUUGCAUUCACAAUUGAUGUCCCUUAGUGGUGUUAUUCCAAUCUUACAGAAUCAUCUACUACUCUGCCAUACCUUCUCAAGUAUGGCUACUAAAUUUCAGUUUCUUGAUCUUGUUUAUCCUAUGAUUGACCGACUCACUUCAGUAUCUCAACUGACCCAGCCUAUCAGGCCUCUACAAACCAGCCAGAUAAGAACCAACUAUAAAUCUGAAUUUGCCCAAAGUUUAGAGCCUUGGAUAGGAAAACCUCUUCCACCGAUCCCCACAUCUCAAUCUCAAAGUGGCUCUGCAACUGAUAUUGGACAAUCUUCACAACAAGCAAAACAAAUUCCCAAACUGAAACCUGUUGAUGAAGGACAAUUUACUAACCAUUGCCGAUCUUUUGAGAAUCAAAUGAAGGAACUUGGUGGUGAAGUAUCAGGUGUGAGAGAAAGAUUAAGUCAGUUGCAAAGAGAUGUAGCUGUAAUCAAAAGAGCUGCCCUUCAACCUUUAGUCAAAAGGCACAACUCUAUUGCAAGAGAUUGUAUUAGACUAGAUUCUACAUUGCAAAGAUACCAUCAAGAACUUGAAAGAGCUCGUGGAAGUUUUGAAUCCUCCUGGCAGGAUCAGUUGCGUCGAAUCAGAUUGGAGCAAGAUAUAUUUCAGUCACAGAUAAGUGAAGUUGUGAGAGUGCGAUGCGAGGUAAAACAACUCUCGACGGUAGCUCAAGAGUUAGAACCGUCAGUGAAACGUUUAAGUUCUCAGGCCAUGGAAGACUUUUCUGCUCUUGUUUCUGCUCAUUCUGCUGAUCUUAAAUAUUUAAUGGAACAUGGCAGUCAUAAGGGUGGUAGUUCUCAGACUUUGGAUAAAGUUAAAGAUGCAUUGUCAGAUGGAAGCAAAAGUGAUCACUAUGUCAGGGCACAGGAUCAUCGUAUUCGGGGUGUGAUAAGCCAUUUAAUGGAAAAGGUUCGAACAAAAGAAGAUCAUAGAAAAAAAUCACCUGUACAAGAAGACCGUGUGAUAGUGCCUAGGGAGUUGCCUAAAGAGAGGAAAGAGUCCAUUGCAUCGACGAAAAGUUUGUCUUCAACUAGAGGAGAGAGUAAAUCUCUCGAUGGAAAGACCUGCUCAUUAUACCACAGCCACAGUGCUAAGGGAUCUCAACAACAGGUGUCAAGUACUGAGGAUACCGCUCUUCUUGUUAAGAAGUGCAUUCAAGAUCAUCUAGAAGAACAGUUUAAACAGAAGUUACUUCAAGGACAAAGGUCGAAGAUUAUUAAAAAAGACUUCCCUGAUGAAGAUAGUGACUACCAGCAUAUUUCAGAGGCAACAACUGCUCGAGUCCACAAAUCUCCGACUUACCAUCCACACUCAGAUACAGAAGAUAGUGUCUUCUAUCCUGACACACCAUCUUCAGGAAGAAGGUCAUCUACUGAUUUAAUGGAUCGUCGAAAGACAUUAGUUGUUGUUAUCAAUAAAGGAAAUCGUCUCAUGCAGAAACAGCGUUCAUGGGAAACAUUUCCUCCUAAAAGGAGAGGUGGAAAUAACUCAAAAUUUUGUAGAGAUCCAGAAUCUUUCAGAGAUGCUUUCCAUUUAAAUGGUUUGAAAAAGGCUGAUAGCUUUGAAGGACAUGAAGAAGCUGUCAGGACAUUAGUAGCUGCUGUUCAAGAAACAAGAACGUUGAGGAAGCCCAAAGCUUCAACAGCUCCUCCAACUACUGACUCUGCCCCUGCCUGAGGAGAGGUGCUUGUGGUAAAAGAAGAAAGUUGUCUUUGGAAGCCAAAUAUGGUAAAUGAUUCCUCAAGCACGAAUUUUUCAUCAUAUCUUCUCUUUAAUAGAUUACAUAUAUACAGCCACUAUUAAGAAACGUCAAGUUUCUUAUAACUGUCUCUGGCAGGUUUUAGUAUUACAGUUUAUCAAUUUAUUUCAACUUGGACAAUUGUGAAAAUGAUAGAAAUGUGAUUUCUUUACAAAUCACCAUGUUCUUUUGAUUAUAAAAUGGAUGUUAAGUAUGUGUCUUCAGCUUUCCCAAUUUUUCUUUUGCUAUAGUCUGCAUUAAAUAUUGAAUAAUAUUUUUUAGUACACAUUAGAUAUUGAAUAAUAUGUUUUUUUAUAUUUUAUGUCGCAUUAUUCGCUGGAAAUCAAGGUAUUGUAGACUGUUAGAUACUGUAUAAAUGUUGGUCAUUAGAUUAGAUUUAACCUGUAUUUGUCAAAUAUCAUUUUCAAAAUAAGGACGGUUAUGCAUACAAUUUUAUUUAUGCAAAGUUUUUCUUAUAAGACAAAUGAUUUUAUUUAAUGUCAUGAAUAUUUACUUAGAAAUAAAGAUGUAGAGGUAUUGUUAAUUGUUGAUAUGUAAGUAUUAUCAAUGUUUUAUGAAACAUGAUUGCAAUAUUUUUGUUAGUAAAUUAAUGAGAAUUUACGGUUGUUUAUUGUACUAAAAGUUAAUAACUGUGGUUGUAUUGCUUAUUUAUUGACAAAAUCAGGGGUUCCAUAAGUAUUUUGUCAAGAGACUUCUUAAAUAAGUUUUUUAGGUCUUCCUAAAAUAAGGCUAGAAGAAAAAGGAAAAGGAAGAAAAUAAGAUUAUAUAGAAUGUUAAUGAUUUAUUUUAGAGAUGGUUAUGUAGUUGACUAUUGAAAUUAUAAGGAUUAAAAAAUUUAAAUUUCAGGAUUUGCUGUCUAAAAUUUCUUUUAAUGAGGUAGCCGACAUUUCGACCCAAACAUGUACAUCAUCAUCAGGACUAAAAGUAAAAAUAAAAAAUAAAUUUUUAUCUGAUGAUAAACCCACAUGUUUGGGUAGAAACAUCGGCUAACUCAUUAAAAGAAAUUUUUGAAUGCAAAUGCUGAACAUUUUUUUUUAUUCUUAAAUUAUUUAUUGCUUUAAAUUUUAUAAAUGAUGAGAGGUGAACAGAUUGAUUAUCCUACUUAUUAUAUAUUUGUUGCCCUUACCUCUAGCUUUCUCUACUGCUUACAUGAGUUCUUAAGGAUUAUUUAAAGAUUUUGACUCUCAAACUCUUAAUUAUCCAAGAGAUCUGUGCAAGUUUAGCAUCUCUUGUCUGGAAAGUAGGUCCUUUUUUUCUUUUAUAUUUUCAUUUUUAUAAUGCAAACAUUUUAUUCUUGAAGUGAAUGAAAUUGAUUAAUCAUCAUGUUACUCAUAUAUUUAUUUUAUUUUUUAUAUUAGAUUGAAUAUAAAUACAAAUUCAUUUCGCGCAAAAUUUCUAAAUGAUUAUGAAAAUGAAUACAUGUGUGGAUGGUACUUACACGUUGUGAAAAUCAAAAAGCAGUAUUUACUCAAAAAAUUAUAAAACCAUAUUAAGUUGUUUUACAGUAGCUAUAAUGGUGAGAUCAUUAAUGCAAAAUAAGUUUCAAUUGUUCACACACUUAUACUCGAUAAGCUAAUUAUUAAAGUUAUCAGUGAUUUUGGAAGGACCCCUGCUGAUAUCUUAUAUUUUGUUUUAUCACUAUCAUGGGAUGUACUGUGAUCCUUGUGAUACUUCGGGUGAUAUUAGCACAUUUACUAAUUGUAUAAAUUAAUGAAACUAUACUUUUUAUCAUUUUUGGAUUGAUUGAAUUUAGAAUAUAUUUAAAUAUUAUACAUUUUUUAAUUUAUUUUAUAGAUUUUAUUGUUCUUUGUUAAACGAAAUUUUACAGUUUUUCUGUUAAUUAAUUAAUAGAUCUAAGUCUAGUUUUUCCAUGAACAGGAACGAUGUUUUUCAAAUUGUGUAUCUAUUGCAUAUGUUGUAAUUCUUUAAAAAAUUAGUAAAAUCUUCAUGAAAUUCGAGGUUAGAUAUUUUUAAUGUUUUAUUGAAUAGUUUUGCAGAAUAAAGGCUGGUUACAGCAUUGUCUGUCAAGUCCAUUAACUUAAAUUGCUAAAAUUUUAAAUAAAAUUAUAAAGCAUUCUAGAAGAAAAUAUUUGAAGAAAAAUGUUUUCAGAAAGUGUCCUUAAGAAAAUAUUAAAGAAAGAUUUGUCAUGAAAAAAAAAAUAGAAAAAAAAAGAAGUGUAUUGCUGUAAUAUCUCCAAUUGAUUAAUUAACCGUGAAUUGUAGAUAUAUUUAAAUAGGUUAGCAAUUAUGCUAUGAAUAUGUAGCAGAUAUUAUAGUUUGAAUUGUUACCACAUAAUUAAUUGUGAAGAAUAGUUUAAAUAUAAAACAGAAUAUUGAUGGCUAUUGUAUUAUAAUAUGGUAAUUAACAUUUAAUUUUUAUAACAUUUGCAUUUUUAUCUUCAACAUAAAAUGAAACAGAUUUUCAAUUUUUUUUAGUUUUUUACUUUUCUUUAUCUUAUUAAGUUAUUUUUCUAUCAAAGCAUUAAUAUUUAAUUGUCACAUCAAUUUCUAUACAAUUUCCAUUGAACUCCUGAAUCCAUUAAUUUAAUAAAUAAAAGUUUUGAAAAUUUAAUUAAGACUGCAUGAUAUGAUGUGCAAUGGAAUUUUUUGGCAACUUUGGACAUUUCAAGUUUUUAUUUUUUAAUUUUGCAUUGAAUCAUAACAUUCACUAACGUAACAGAAACAGAUUUGAUUGGCUUUUUCUCUUGAAUAAUACACCUGUAUUUUAUUUAUGAAACAAAAUAUACCUGUAUUUUAUUUAUUGCAUGAGUAGAACUUAACUGUUUAUGUGUCAGGUUUCAUCUUAACAUGGUAAAAAAUUAUUUUCUGAAGGUUAUUUACUUUUAUGAUCUUCAAAUAUAAUGGAUAGGACCAACAAAAUUGGAAAAUAAAGCAUUAGAUAAUUGCUUUAUUAAGUCAAUUGGAGGAUACUUUAAUGUAUGAUAAACUAUUACUAUAUUUGCUUGGCUCUAAAAUGCACUUUUUUAGAAGCCAUAAAGUUGAAAGAUGCUAUGUUUUUCAUUUUUGAAAUCUCAUAUCAUAUUUAAAAGAUAUGAGAUUUUUAAAAAACUUAUUAUUUUUCUUCUUUUUUUUUUCGUCUUUUACUUUACAUUCCCUUCUUUUGCCAUCUUGACUACCCUGCUCUUCUUCUGUCAAUCCAUUAGGACUGACAUCACCAUAGAGGGAGUAUCCAGAAUUAAGAAGGAAUAGCAUUGAAUAAUUCCACUUCGUUCAGAAGUAAUAUGUUCAUGUCGAUAUAAUAAGAGCCUCUUAGAUUUAAGCAAAUAUGGUACUUGACAUUUUGUAAACUUCUUGGUUUAUAAUAGUAACUGAUAUUUUUGAGAACUGCUUGCUGGUUAAUGACAGUAGUAUUAAUUUGUUUUUAUGUUCAUUUGUUUUGUUUUUUGUGCAAUAAAUUUGCAGUACAUGCUAGAAAAUUAUUAUAUAUUUUUUUUUUUUAAAUUGAAAGCCAGAAAUAAAAUUUUCUACAUUAUUCAUAAGAAUUAUAUAUCUUAUAUAAAUAUCUAUACAAUUUAAGAGUAACUAAAAAAAAUAAAUAAAAAUAAUUGAAUUGCAUUUUGUAAUGAUUGUAAUAUAUUUAAAUAAUCCAUAACCCUUAAUGGAUAAUUAAUAAAUAGGGCUUUUAUAUAAUUAGCAUUGACCACAGUUUUAUAGUUAAUGGCUGUGUUAUUUCAUGAAAUUAUUACUCAAACCACUGGAUGAUUUAAAAUAAGUAUAAAUUAAUCAACUAAGUAUUAAAAAAUUGAUAAUUAAAAUAUCCAAUGUCCAAUAAAAUCAUAUGGUUAUUUCUUUCAGUGAUAUAUGUACCUGUUUCUAUUGUAUUAAUAUAAUGUAUUCAUUUUUUCAAUCUUUAUUUGAAUGUUCUACUUAGUCUUAUUUAAUUAUCUGAAAUGGAAUCAGGGCUUCAGACCAAGACCUAAACAAAAACCAACUAAUCUAAAGUACCAAAAGUAGAUUAUUAUUUUACCAACUUCUGCAUUUUUAGUUUAAAAAUCAAGCUUAAUCCAUUUACCAUUCAGACAGUUUUCAAUGGUUUUACUUGAAAAAAUUUUAUAGUUCAAUGUUAGGAAGUUUGUUAUAUGUUUAUAUACCCAUUUUUUAUUUUAUUUAUUUUUUUAACAAAUAUUGUUUCCAUUAUAAAUUGUUUCUAAAAUGGAAAUAAGUAUAUGGUUAAACAUUUGGUAUUUAUUGUUAAAUAUUUGAUGUUUCGCCUUUUCUUUUUUUCCUCCAUAAUUUUACUAAAUCCAAACAGUUUUUCAUGAUUAAAUUAAUCAAGUUAGCUAGCCAAAUGUUAAAAUACUUAGUUGGUUAAAUUUUAAUUAACUAUAAAUAUAGUUACAUUGUUAGUUAAAUUAAUUUAGCAUUACAAAUUUUUUUUUUUUUGCUAUGUCUAGUUUUUACCUUGUCUCUAAACUAAAUUAAGUUCAAUGAGUAUUUAGUUUUCAUUUUAGUUAACUAAUAUCAAGUUUUAUGUUUUAGUUUUUAUAAUUGAUGCGUUAAUGUUUCACAUAGUUGCAAUAUAUAAUUGAAAUUCUAUUUUGUGAUUCUCAAGUCUAACUCUAUUCAGUAUUAUAACUUUCAAAUAAAGUUUGUUUAUCUUAAAAAUAAUGCAGCAAAUUCUGUCGGGUCAACGGAUAAACUUUUAAAAAAUUGAAAUGGAAACACAAAAAAUCAUGGUUAAGAACGAGACUGAAAAUAAAAAUAUUCUACUGUUACCGACUUUUUUUUAUAUGAUCAAAACAAGACGGUUCGAAGCCCUGAAUAGCAUUAAAUAAAACCUUUUGCUUUCUCUGUAAUGUUAAUCAAGCAACUUAAUAUCAUAUUUCAAAGACAUUAAUGAUUGUAUUUCAUAUUUAUCUAUGAGGUACAAUACAUGAACAUUUUUAGCAGUCAUAGGUAAGUUAUGUUAUGAGAAUUGCUCAAUAAUUAAUUGAAUUUAUUAACUUUAAAAUAAAAUAAAAUAUGGCAUUUAGCAUGUAAUAUAUAAUUAAUCUGGUAAUACUCCAAUUUUUUUUGGAUAUAUUAAAAAAAUUCACAAAUAUUAUAUAUUAAGUAAUCUUGAUUUACUAAUGCUUUUGAAUAAUACUAGUAAUGAAGACCAUAAUCAAAUUAUGAACUUUUGUAUAAGUACAAAUUGUCAAUUAUGUGGUUUAUAAAGCACAAUUAUCUAUUUGUUUCUGUUUAUAUUACUCAGAACAUUUAAGCAUAUAAGUUUAAUUCUAUCUUACAUUAGUAAGAUUAGAAUAUAUUACAUAAGAAUGUGAUGUUUAUUUAUUGGGGAAUAAUAUAAGUUAUUAUUUUACUUCUCCAGUUUAAUAUUUGUUGAAGUUAGUACUAAAUUAUAACUUUAAAGGUUUAUUGAACAAUGUCAAAUUUUAUUUAAGAAAUAACAGACUUCUAAAAGUAAUUUUAGAUUCAAUGUGAUUUGUAUUUCAGACCAUACUGUAAGUUUGAUAAGUGCUAUCCAUUAUGCUUCUGUAUUCAUAAUAUUGAAAUAUUCUCUAACUUUUUUUAUUAAGCAUUUACAUUUUGUUAAAUUGUUUACAUAUUUAUAUUAUAUUAUAUUUUUGAUUAUAUUAUACGUAAUCAAAAAUUUAUCCUAUGGAGAACAAUAUUUAUUUUUAAUUCAUACAGGUUGCUUAUUUCUAAACUUUAUAUUUAUUACCCUUUGUUUUUAAUUUAUAAAACAUAUACGGCAUGAAAAAAUUACAGGAUCUGUUGUGCAUAAAUACGGUUAUUUUUGUCAUUAUUUAAAGAAAGCACCAGGACUAGAAUAUAGAAGCGACUUGCUUUGUAGCGAGUUAAGGAUUGAGAGGAAUUAUAUGUAAAUGAACUAAAGUAAUAUCAGCAGCCAUUUCUGGACUUGAUGUAUUGUGAAUUAAUCCUCUCGAUUUCGAAAAUUUUAGUAAGAUAAGUCUAAAGCAUUCUAUAAUAUUUUAUACUUAUAAUAAAACUAAAAUCUUUUCCAAUUUUUUAAAUUUUUUGUUUUAGUUUAACAUUCGUUUUCCAUGAUUAACAUAUUUAUGCACAAUAGUUGUGUUAAAAUUAAGAUAGUAAAAAAUAUUUGUACUACUUAUUUAUGUUAUGAUUGGUUUAUAAGUGUAUUAAAUUAUGAUAUUUAAAAAAAAAUUACUAUUAUAAUCGUGAUGACAUAAACCAUUGUGUUCACCUGUACUCUUAUAUCACAACAGCUCAACAGUUGUAGUUAGAAAUUGACGUAUAAAAAUACUGCCAUAUUUAUUAAACAUUAUCUCCUUGUAUAUAUAUAUGUGACAUUUUGAUAAGUUAAUCAAAUCAGUAUUAUUUUCAUCCUAAUUGAUUAUAAUUAUUUAUUUGUAGCUAUACUUAGAACACCAAGAAGCCAUUCUGUUGUAAGAAAAUAUUGUUUCAUAACUUAUAAAAAAUUGUUUAUGAAAGAUGUCAUGUUUUUACCUAAAAUAUAGUCAUUGAAGCUUCCAUUUUAUAGUGAAUUUAUUUUAUAUUUUGAGAUUGAGCAUUUAAAUUAAUAAACAUGUUCCUAUUAUAAUCUGAAAUUUCAAGUGGUAGAACAUACUCUUUAGAAAAAAAAAAUUGGAUAAUUAUUAAAGAUAUUAAAAGUAACUGGGAGGAUGAAUCUAAAAACAAACUCUGUGGAUAAAGCACUAGACUCAUAACUCCUGGUCCCAGUUUCAAGUUUACACUAUGUCUAGAAAAUUUAUUUGGCAAGAAAAUAAAUUCAUUAGGAAUCGUGGACUCUGAAUAAAAAAAACAUUCAAAAUACAAGUGACAGAAAACGUUUAUUCGAAAGAUUGAGAUGAAAACUAGAAGAAACUGAGUCCUCAAUUCCACUAUCAGGUCAAACCUUAUCAAGAAAACAAAUAAUGCGAUGCAAGGGAAUCAGCUCAGGUGGC